CUCACCACCUUCACCUUUAAACACUGCCUGCGAAGUUUAGAUUGUGCUAGAAGUGUAGACUGCAGUGGGACUUACUUUCCCUUUGGCCUACAUGGGAACUCAUGUUCUGUCAUCAGUGCAGGUCGUUAAGGAAGCUGCUCCGUGCAGAGGCGAUGACCAGAGACCUCUGCCUUCAGUCUCUGCUCAGGUUCUGUGUACUUUUCCCCGGGUGGUUUACAGGCUGAGGCGGAGCAAAGCCCUGCCGAAGUGUAGGAAUACUUGUGGAAAUAAGAAUGUGGAUGUUCUCUGACAUACCUGAAGAGGGUUUGUAGACUACCAUGUCUUUUUUCUCCUGAGUGUAUUCUACCUCAAAUUUCAGUUUGUUUGGUGGCGUGAGUUGCAGAUUCCUGCUCUGGUUUCUGUUCUGCCUUAAGUGUGGAUGGGGGAAGAGGGCGUGGCCUCAGGGAGCUUGUUAACAUGACUGCCUUGACCCUAACAGGUAGAGUGAUGGCGUCUGUCAUCUGUAGAAAGAAGUAUUUCCCCUUUAGUCUGGCUACUCCUACCUCAUAUCCUCUGCUCCCCUCCGCCUGCCCUGCCUGCGACCCAUGUCUGCCCUGCCCUGGACCCUUCUCCUGGGUGUGAUGUGUGAUGCUCUUUGGCUGUUAGACCGCUCCUGCUCAACCUGUGUCUUUCCUUUUCUUACUGAAUCAAGGAAUUCACAUAGUUACUAUAAAUAUUUUGUGAUUUUCAUUUAUUCACCGUCCUCAUCUCUGUCUCCUGAUCGUGGGAUUCAGACUGCACCAUCACAUGCAGAGCCUCUGUCCUUAGGGCCAUGAAAUAAAUGUGAUUGUGAAAAUGUUCAGUAAAUGUACCUACAUGGCCAUCUUUAAGUGGUUUUACUGAUCUUCUGAGUGGUAAGGGUUCUUAUAAUUUUAAGUCACAUUAUGGAUCUUUAACCCUGGAACUCACAGAUUUCAUAAUUAACUUUUAGCUCCUCGGUCUUCCCCAUCCCCUCACCCCUCUGUAGACUGGACCUUCACCUCCCACCACAUUUCAGUAAUUUCUUGUGCAAUAAGGUACCAAUCCCAUGUCCCUGGUUCCUGUCUAAGUGCCUUAAAGUCCUCACCAUAACCCUAUGAUUUAAUAGUUAUUUCUGUUUUAAGAACAAUAAGACACAAGGAGGUUGUGUAAACCUUUUCUCAGAAGGGGUCUGUUGAAGUUAGAUGAAGCACUCCUGGCGGUUCCGCGUCAAGCUCAUGCCAGCUUUUACGCCUCCCAGUAGACUUGGUCAAGGUGCUUGCUUCGUCCCAGGCAUAGCUACCACAGGCACACAUGGCCAGGCCAUUAAGUAUGGUAGUAAGCUGGAGCUCUAAGCCCUUUAUAAAAUCUGGUUUUUUUAGUUAAAUGAGUUUGUUGGUUCACAUUCUGGUAGUUAGUUCUGUUCUGAAUAGUCAAGCUAUUAAUAUUGUAUCAAGACUGUUAAUUUUAAAAUAUUAUACUUCAUCCGUCAGUUUUCUUUGUUCAUCAGAGUCACCUAAGUUCUAGCCUUGCUUUAGAAACACAGUUAUCUUAGUUACUAAGUCGUGCUUGUUACUGCCUCCAGCUUUUCUAUUGGCUUGAGGUAAUUGGUGAGUAACCAAUCAGGAGAUCAAGGGUAGCUUGAGCUAUGUCCAGUCUCUGGGCUACAUAUGACCCUGUCAAGAAGCCAAAAACUAAAACAAAAAAAUAGACAGCGUAGUAAGCCUGUUAUAUGUUAACAACAAAUGGUAUUUUAAGAAAAUAUACCUUGAAAUUUAACAUGAUUCGAAGAGUGGGCUGGUUUGCUUAUUUUGCAAGUCAUCUUACUGCCUGGCUGUUGAGGACACUUAGAGUCUCAUGUCUACUGCUCCUCAUAGUGGGUGCAGUUUGUUGGUCUGCAAGAGAUGAAGAAGAUCUCGUUUCACAUAUGCACAGCUAAGGAGGAUGUGACAAUCUUCUCAGAGUACUGUGAGAUUUUUAAGAAUAUCGCACCAAACGUGGAGAGGGCUAUUUCCUUAGAAGUUCGUUAGUUGCAAUUUAGACUCUGAGUUUACAGUGGAAGAACUCUUUGUAUUGUAUCCCUACAACAAACUCCCCCAGCCCAGCUUACACAGUGGAUCUUAGGAAAUGUCAGACAUUAGCUAUCUGGAAAUGUUGGGCUCCUGAAUUGUGGAGCACUUCUCCAUGUUGCCGUGCUUCAGUGGGCUCGAUGCACUUCAUCACCUAAGAAGUCACACUGUCAGUACCACACCAUUCUUUCAAGAAAAGGUUUCAGGACUCAGGAGCUCCCCAAGUUGUGUGUCUCAGGGUGCAGUUCCCGGUGUCACUGUCAUGUGGCUAAAACACUUGCUGACUUAUCUUGUGGUUUACUCUUUUAAUUGUUGAUUGUUUUAUAAAGUAUAAAAUUUGGUUUGUAUUUGGUGGUUUUUUUCUAACCAUUUUUUUGUCCUUGGUUUCUGGUUUGACUCCAUUGUGGUCAGAAAACAUAAUUCUCAUUAUUUCAGUCAGCUUAAAUAUGUAAGUUUAUCUCCUAGCCCCAAGGAUGGUGAAUAUUGAUAACUGUCCCAUGUAAACUUAGAAAAUACACAUCUCAUGUUAGGUGGAGUACCUCAUAAGUCUGCUUGAAGUCAGACUGGGGUUCAAGUGACCUAUAUUCUCACUGACUUCUGCACAUUGUCUUGUCUGUGGUAAAGAGAGGGACACUAUAAGCUACAUUCUCACUGACUUCUAUACGUUUGUCUGUGGUAUAGAGCCCUCUGUCAGCAUUGCCCUUUUUUUUUUUUAGAUAGGUCAGGUUUUGCUUCAUACACUUGGUUUUAUUGACCUUUUAUUAUGAUGAAAUGAAUUUACUUUGAAAUAUUCCUUAUUCUGAUUCAAUUUACCUUGUUUUGUUUGCCUUUGAUUAAUAUUAGUACAAAAUAGAAAUGUUUCAUGCAGAAUUUAAUUUCCUUAAAAUCCUAGAACAUCCAAACUAAUUUAUAGUGACAAAGUAAGUUGUUGGUCACCAGAGAAUGAGGUUUAUAGGAAGACAUGAGUCAUGAAGGGAUACUGGAGAAGUUUUGAACAUGGUCAGAAUGCGUCAUCUUGAUGGAGUCUCAGGAUGCAGGUCGAUCAGAUUUAUCAAUCAUAUGCUUUACAUAUGUGCUGUUCACUAUACAUUAAAUUAUACCUCAGUAAUACCUUUAAAAAUAGUAUAACACUUAGGGCUGGAGAGAAGGUUAUGCAGUUAAAAGCACUGACUGCUUAUCCGAAGGACCCAGGUUUGAUUUCCAGCACCUACUGGUGCAGCACAGACCACACAUCACAACCAUCUGUAGCUCCGGUUCCAGGAAUCUGAUGUCCUCUUCUGGCCUCCAUGAGAAUCAGGCAUGCAUUUGGGGCCUAGGCAAACUCACAGGAAAAACACCCAUACACAUAAAAUAAAGAUAAUUCUUUAAAAAUACAGUACUAUUAGUACAUUUUAAUUGCACUGUCUUGACACUAGCAGUUUUGUUCCCCGUUGGGUACACACGAUCAGCACAAAUGUCAACAGUGAAGCAGACAGAUAACAGUGUAGUAGUGUUGUGAAGACAGUCUUGACGUUACAGAUCCAAAGGGCCAGGAAGAGCCUUAUGUAAGGAUAGCAUUUAAGGCCCUCCCCAGCACCCCAAAGCCCAAUGGCUUUGCUUGCAUGAGCCACCAUCUGGUCUCCUCCUUGACUCCCCAGCAGACUAUGUUCUCUCCCACCUUCUGACCAUUGCUCAGACCCUCUUGAGUUUUGUCUAGUAAGUUCUACUUCUUAGGGCUGGCUCAGAUUUAGCCUUGGCUGUGAAAUCUCAGCCACCCAAACACAUACGUCCCUGGCUGGCAUUCUUUGUGUCCUAUUUGUACUGGUGUUUCAUAGAAUUGCAUCUUGGUCCUCUAACACUCUGGGCUGUGUGCUUUCCUUUCCCCUCAGAGCUGCUGGCAUAGGACUGAGCGUGGACUAGGUAUUUGAAUGACUGCAUUCUUAGUCUUUGGCAUUCUUUAAAGAACAUUUUGAUUAAACCGCUGGCUUUGCCCUUGUCAAAUAUUCUGUGUCUUCUAGGUAAUCAAGUGUAACAUCUGUCAAUUUUGAUAAGGAAUUUCUAGCUCUCUUCAGCCUUUUACCAAGUUUAUAAGUUUUAACUCAGCCUCUGUUGGAGGUCUCCAUCUACUUAAUCUUUUCUUCCAUAAAGGAGAUUAAUUCUCUGUUAAAUAUGCAGUGAAUUCGGGAGAGUGAUACACAAGUUGGGCAGAAGUGCUGCUCCAAUUGUCACUAGAUCUCCCCACAGUAAACUGCCUUUUGAUGACCAGGGCGAAUUGAGUGAAAUCGUCAUGGACAGAUACGGGGCAGACAAUUUCAAAACAAAAAACAAAACACAACAACAACAACAAAUGCAGUGAUUAUAUAUUGGCUGGUAAAUGAUGUGAGUGGGAAGUAGCUGGCAGCCUUGCAGCUGCCUGAAGUCAUUGGCACCAGGCUCUUGUGUAUGAUAAAAUUAGUCUCCUUGGUUCUCUACUCACCCAUUCAUGCUACUGGCUCAGCAAAGCAUGUCUGCACCUUUCUCUUCACUGCCCGAGGAAGGUAGGGAAUUUGUGAGAAACAUUACCUUUAUCCCUUGCAGUUAUUGAUAACGUUCUUAAAAUUGAGGUUAUGAAGGAUCAACAUAUAAUGAAAGGAAUUUCGUACCAAAAGACUGUUUCCCAGGUAGAUUCUAUUUCGUGUUAUGAUUGAGGUUGGCUGUGGAGAGUCAGGAGUCUUAUUAAGUCACCAGGAUAUCGAAUCUGCAAAAGCAAUAGAUGGAAGAUUAGUUCAGCCCUGUUGGACUUUGUAACAUGGCUGUGUGAAUGUGUUGAAAUAGAGGCAGCUGUUUCGGAAAUGAUUAAAGGAGUCUCAGGCGGGGAUGCUUUCUGAUGAGACAGAGCAGCACCUAAGAAUUCAUGAGCUUAAAAAAAUAGACAAUAGAAUUUAGGCACCAAUCUAUUCAGUAAGUAGAGACUUAAUGACCUUCUCUUUCCGUACCCAAGGUACAGAAAACUAAGUAAUUUAAUCGUAGAUUUCUAAAUGAUUUUUUUUUUUUGUCAUUAUUGGUUUUUUGUGGUAGUCUGGCAAGGUCAUUUUCCCAAGGGAAAAGGAAAAUUUUUAAAUUUUAUAAAUUAAUUGUAGUUAACAAUCUUUUUUUUUUUUUUUUUUAAGAUUUCUUUCUUUCAUGUAUGUGGGUACACUGUCACUUCAGACACAUCAGAAGAGGGCGAUCCCAUUACAGAUGGUUGUGAGCCACCAUGUGGUUGCUGGGAAUUGAACUCAGGACCUCUGGAAGAGCAGUCGGUGCUCUUAACUGCUGAGCCAUCUCUCCAGCCUUUGGUAUUUUUAAGAGUUCUAGUUUUAUUGCUCUGACCAACAUUAAUUUUUUUAUUCAGGUGUACGUUUGUUGUGGAAUUAUGAAUAGUUGUUUUUUUCUGUAGUCUGACCGGGAAAUGGAAACUAACCAGAGUAAGACAGUGGGUCAAAGACUGACAGGAACAUUGCAGAGCUGGGCAUUCACAGUCCAGUGUAGGAGCUGUCAAGGUCAGCCAUUUCAACCCUGGGCUGUAGAUCCUUACCUACAGAGUAGGCAAGGGUAACAAGGAACCUGUUUAAAUGUUCUCUAACUUAAUAUUGUAUAAAACUAAGUAAUUUAAUCAUGGAUUUCUAAAUGAUUUUUUUUUUUGGUCAUUAUUGGUUUUUGUGGUAGUCUGGCAGAAACCAUUAUCCUGUCUUAAAACCUACUGGUUUUCUUUAAUGUUUUGGUGGUGGUGGUGGUGGUGGUGGUGGUGGUGGUGGUGGUGGUGGUGGUUGUUAAAACUGUAAAAAAAAAAAAAGUAUGGGUAAGUUGGUUGUGUGUUCAGUUGAACUUAUUCAUAGGGACGGGUUUAAGAGCGUUUCGAAUCCUGGCAUGGUGUCAUAUACCUUUAAUCCCGGCAAAGACUGAAACAGGAAGAUCUGAGCCAGGACUGCACAGUCUCAAAAAACCAACCAACCAAACAAACAAACAAAACAAGCAAAUAAGAACUCUUUAGGUCUUGAGUAAAAAUAGAUGGAGGAACUCGUAUGAAUAACCCCGCAGUGUUUUGAAAGUGCUGUGUUCACCACCAUAGAUAUUGGAGAAGUGACCCUAAUGAGAGACUGAGCUCUCAUGCUGUCAUGGCACUUAUGCUGUCUAGUUUUUAAGUCAGCUUGGCAAAAGAUGGAGUCAUUUGAGAGGAGGGAGCCUCAGUUGAGAGAAUGUCUAAGAUUAGGCUGGAGGGCCAAGCCCAUUGUGGGUUAUGUCAUCCUAGGCUAAUGAUCAUGGGGUGUACAAAAGCAGGCUUAGCUAACGGCUCCUGCACUGUCAUGGUACCAAGAGCCAGGCAUAGGCCUUCGGGAUUCAAGAAAAAAAAAACAUACUUGGGUCAUACGUGUUACGAGAAUGCCAACGCUUUACUGAGGUUCACAGAAUAUAUAUCCCAAGUUCAUCGGGUAGAAAAUUCCUGGAAGAACAGUGGAAAAACUGGUUUAUGCCCUCAAGAUAAAAAACAGGAACUGACUCGGCAAUUUUACCGCCCAGGUGUUACCGCCCAGGUGUUACCGCCCAGGUGUUACCGCCCAGGUGUUACCGCCCAGGUGCUGGACCGAAAGGUCAGGAUGUUCCUUUGUUAGGAACAAAAGCUUCCGCUGCAGCACAGGACUCAGCAGGGGGCAAGCACUGAGGAACCCGGAGGGCCUGACCCUGAGCAAGCAAACUGAGGAGGAAGCCGGUAACCAGCGUUCCUCCACGGCCUCUGCUCCAGUUCCCGCCCUGACUCCCUUGGUGCUGGACUGUUUCCUGGAAGUAUAACUUUCCUCCCAAAGUUGCUUUCUUUGGUCGUGGUGUUUUACCACAGCAGUAGAAACCAUAAAAAGGCAGCACUUUGAAACCUAUUCAGAAACCCAGACUCGGAAUCAAGAAGUAUGUUUUCUACCAGAAUGCAGAUUGUAGCACACUCUGUAAUGUUGUCACUAAAUGUUGGGAAUGGGUUAGGAGUGUAGUGCCCAAGCAAGAAUAAUGAGACAUGUUUUUCUAAAAGAUCUAUUAUAUAUGUGUGAGUGUGUGUGGGUGUGCAUGUGUGCACACACACUGUCUGCACGUAUACCCGUGUGCCAAGUGAGCCACCAUGUGGUUACGGACAUUGAACUCAGAACCUCUGGAAGAGCAGCCUGUGUUCACUGGUGGCUGAACCGCAGACAUGCUUUUGUUAAUUUGUAUUUACUGCAGAGUUUAAAGGCUGUUGUUUAAUGUAUUAAGGACCCUUUUGCUUGCUUCCUUUUUGUUGUUGUUGCUUGAAAAAGACUCUCUCGUGUCUUACAGAGAUCAACCUGCCUUUAGCCUCCCUGUGGCAGAACCUUUUUUAAAAAAAGAGUGUAACAUUAUCACACACACACACACACACACACACACACACACACUCAUACACACGCUUCACAAACCUCUCUAAUCUACUUCAUUCCCCUGUUAACCCCCUUAAGUUCCUUCCCACAGUCAUGGUUUUCAUUCUGGGAGGAGUUUUGUUUUUGGAGACCUGCGAAGUUUACCCCGGAUCCUCUGGGUUUGGAAUUAUCUAUCUAGCAGGUACACGAUGAGGAUGCCUCUUCCUAGAGUCCUCACAGUUCUGAAACUCAGUGAAGGCUGAUGAUAGUCCUGAGAAGGAUAUGAAUACCUCCACCCCUAAGGCUCAGGAGUCAUCGCGGGGUGGGGACUCAGGUCACAGUGAGUAAAGGCACCUGCUGCCAACUCUGAUAGCCUGGGCUUGAUCCCCAGAACCCAAAUGGGAGAGAGAACUGAGUCCCACAAAUUCUUCUCUGUCCUUCACAGCUGUGCCACCACGCACACAUUCACCCUCACUCACACACACAACUACACACUCACACACACAACUGUACACUCACACACACAACUACACACACACUCACAACUACACAUACACACCAUACACACCCACACACUCCAUUAAAAAAAGAAGAAAUUUUCAGUGUAGAUCCUCAUUUUUAGAAUUUUAUCUAGAAGAACCCAGUUGCCAAAUAUUGGCUUGGCAUGAAAGUGGAGGCAGGAGGAUUGACUGCCUGGAAGAGGCAACUUUAGGGAAUAAAUAGAGGUCUGAUUAAUCCUUGUUGCCAGUAAUUGAUGUCUACAUUUGUCAGAAAUGUAGUACCGUGCUCCAGAAUAGUACACGUCAUCAUAUUUAAGUUUUACCUCAGUGGUAUUAAGUUGAAAAGAAAAACAGAUAGGAGGAGGGGCGGCAGUUUCCAAAUACUCGUUAGUGUUUUAGCAAUGUCUCGCCCGUGAAUGUUCACCUUCCCUGGUGUUAGGAAAGUACGGGACCUGCCUGGGAAUCUUCAGAUCUUGGAGAAACUGGACUACCAUACGUCCAUACCAGAUGAAACCAUCAUUAUGUAUAAAUCGUAUACUAUUUGUCUUGGGAGUGUUAUUCAUUUUGAGAUGACCCAUAAAGCAGGGCCAUCUCAAGAGUCAGGAACACAAAGUGUCUCCCCUACUCUCCUGUUAUAAACCAAGGUUGUUUUCAUUGAGCAGUGCUCUUCUGUUCAGGAGAUGUGCUGUGUUUGGUCUUACAUGAAAUGCUUGUGUGGAAGAGUGCACGAGUGUGCAGGUACAUGUGUGUACAUAUGGAGGGGGAGUUGGAGACCAAAGGUCAGCACUUCGUGUUGUUCCUCAGGUGUACUCCUUGCUUUGUUUUGGGUUUUGAGGCAUAGUCUCUCACUUGGCCCAAAACUCCUUGAUUAGGUGAGACUGGCUAAGCCAAGGGCCCAGGUUUCUACCAGGGGCUGCCGGUCUCAGCUCAGUGUGUGUGGGCUCUGGGGGUGGAACUUGGGUCCUCAUGCUUGUGCAGCAAGCAUGUUACUGACUGAGCCAUCUCCCCAAGUGUCCCUGGAAACACUGUCACUUUCAUCCUACUUACCUAGACAUCUCUAAAAACGCCUUAUUAUCCCAUCAGCUUAAAAUUCAGAUACUUUGCAAGAUCUUUGUCUUAUGAGUUUAAACCAAACUUUAAAGCCAUAAUUGACUUUGCAUCCUUGCAAAAUCUAAACAUAAGAAAGCAUUCUACGUAAAACUUCCCCUAAAUAAUCUCAUUCCUUUGUAAAAAUACUUUAUAUUAUAAUUACAUCACUCUCCUUCCCUUCCUCUAUCCAGCUCUGCCCACAUACUGCUCUUUCUCUUCUUAAAAUCAUAGCCUCUUUUUAUUGUCACGUGUGUGUGUGUGUGUGUGUGUGUGUGUGUGUGUGUGUGAGAGAGAGAGAGAGAGAGAGAGAGAGAGGGAGAGGGGGAGAGAGAGAGAGAGAAUGAAUAUAUUCAUGUUUCUAAACACCGCACCAGCUCUAGCUGGGUGGUAGUGGUACACUCCUCCUUAAUCCCAGCAUCAGGGGGCAAAGGCAGGUGGAUCUCUGAGAUCCAGAACAGCCAGAGCUACACAGAAAAACUCUGUCUUGGACAAAUAACAGCAGCAACAGCACAGCCCGCGAAGUCUGUCUAAUGCUACGUGGACGUGUUUUCAGGGCCGACCAUUUGCUGUUGAUAACCACUUGGUGUGUGCGUCCUCCCUCUCAAUGCUCCUUAGUUGCCUACAGCUCUUCAUUCAGAGUCCCUGCUCUCCUUGGCCUCCCACCUUCCACGUCGGCAUGGCCUUCGGUGCCUACACUUAGGCAGUCUGUUAGUGAGCCUUGAUAGGUGUGGUCCCCGACAUUUUUAGGAAAUGCAAGCUUCUUGUUCCUUUAGCACUCAAGUUUUAUCCCUUUUUCUGCAGUGAGCCCUGGGCCUUUGGUGCCUAAGUUGGUUGUGGACGUAUCAGAUGGGACUGGGCUCCAUAACGCUUCAUUUGAUAGGUGUGGUUUCCUUUAGUGGUUUAGGGCAGAGAGCAGAGUCAGUCACCUAUGAAUCACUGUUUCAAAGGACAUUCUGUGACACAUCUGCUUGAGACUGGUUCAUAGGUAUGAGCUGAGGCUCUAGUUUCGAUCCCUUAGUGGUCAUCGAUGUGCAAAGGAGAAAUAAAAAGUUUCCUUGAUGAGGAAUAAGAACUACACUUGUUUGUGGCUACUGAUUGUAUGUUCCCCUACAAGAUGUGUGACUUCACUAGCUCAGGGCAGUUUGACCAGGUCUCUAGCAAGCGUGAUACCCGUCCUCUUGAGUAGCACUCACAUCCAGUCAGGGUCCUGUUGGUUGUUGCUGGUGUGUGCCACCCCUGCACCAUGAGGGCUGCUGCACCAUGCUGGUUGCUGUGGUGGGAUGUGUCACAGCUGGGUAAGACUCUUGGCUCUCUCCCUCCUUUUGGAGUUUGUGUGGCACCAACUGUACCAUGAAAGCUGGUCAGCAGGGAAGAAGUUUUCAGGUCAUAUCCAGCUCUGGUCCCCUGAGUCCAGGAUUCCAAGUGUGUGGUAUCUUCAACAAUAAGGAUUUCCCUUCUGCUUCAGGGGAGGGGCAGGCAACCAGGAACAAUAGCAGCAGCUUAUAAUGUUUCUUGGACAUCCCUGACUAGCCUACCGUUUCAUUGGUUAAAAUAAUUUUUUUUCUAGUUUUCCUCAAAACCAUCCGUUGAAUGUCUUUUUAAAAUCAUUUCUUUUUUUAAUAGAGCUGUUAAUGUUCCCCUCAAAAGUAGGAGAAUUUAGAUUGCAGAUAGAGGUUUUUUUUGAGGUGUUGGUGUUUAUGUGAAUAUUCUACACAUAAAAAUAUUUUUGUUUCAUUCUUUAAAAAAAAAAAGAAAGAAAAACAGUAGUAAUUAAAAGCACACCAGCACUCGCACGCUUGAGCUGCCGGUUGCUUUUCCUUUCUAGUCUAAGAGGUUGGGCAGGACCUGCCCCAGAACCCUGCCUCAGAGAGCACUAGGCUGGAGCAGUGUGCUUUUCUUAUUACACUUAGGGAUUCAUGGCUUGGGGCAGAGAGCAGAGUCAGCCACCUAUGAGUCACCGUUUCAGAAGCCAUUCUGUGACAUAUCUGCUUGAGACUGGUUUAUAGGUAUGAGCCGAGGCUCUAGUAUCGAUGCCUUUAAAUGACUGGGCUCCCCCAGAAAGCUUCUUUUAUGUGGUCAUCGAAGUGCAAAGGGGUAAUAAAGUGCUUGUGCCUGCAAAUACUGUGUCUCCCUAAAGGCCUGAAGCCUCCUGCGUUGAGACUCGAUGACACUUCCACUGCCUGCAGAGGUGAUGUGGUCUGAUUUUGGGUUUCCUGGAAGAAAUGGACAAGAAAGUACAUUGUGGAUCGGAUCCCUGGGAGCCCACACUCCCUGUCAUCUGGACUCCUAUGGUUGCAACUUGGUAUUCCAAGUACAAGGAAGGAAAAGAUGGCAUCUCUUUCCUCCUGAAGAUACACCUUUCCUUUAUCCAACCAGAAUUCCUUACGAAGAAUCUAGUGUGUUCAGUAAAAUCAAUGUUGUCAACCCUGAUUUAAAGCGUUUCCCUCAGUUCCAGAAAGCUCGAAGACAUAUGGUCACACUGAGCCCAGGACAGGUUCUGUUUGUUCCCAGACACUGGUGGCAUUAUGUGGAGUCUCUUGAUCCUGUCACCGUCAGUAUAAACUCCUGGAUUGAGCUGGAGGAGGACCACCUCGCCCGGGUGGAGGAGGCGGUCACCCGAAUGCUCGUGUGCACACUGAAGACCGCAGAGGACCCGCACCACCCCAGGACCUGGCUGAACCCCACUGAGGUUGAGGAAACGUCUCAUGAAGUCAAUAGCUGCUACUUGAACAGUGCUGUCUGUGCAUUUUUUGAUCAUUGUGAAAGAGCUAAAGAAGUAGAAAUGCAAGCUCCGAGAGCAAACGGGGAGGAGCCGGGUGUGCAGGAGCACAUGGAAGUGGAGCAGGCGCGCGACCCGAGCUCCGAUGUGGGGGCUGGGAAACAGGAGGCCGCGAGUCCGUUUGGCCCAGAUCUGGUUCCUGUGACACCAGCAUCGGAAGAGAGAGGAGGCGCACUGGAAGGAGACAGCCAGGAGUGUACCAGCAGAAACGGAGAACACUGUGCAGAACUGCCCUGCGCCAGGAGGCAGCAAGCCAGUAAAGGAGCACGCGCGGAGGCAGGGCAGUCGGCCCCGAGGUAUCCUGUGGCGCCUUCUAGAGUCUUCGUGUCCACGGAUGACCUGCUGGACUGCUUAGUCAAUCCACAAGUAACCAGGAUGGUGGCCCAGCUUUUGAUACAAGGAAAAAGCUUGUGAUACUUUUUAAAUAACUUUUUAAUUACUUUUAAAUAACCUUUUAAAAUAUAUUUUUAGAAAUAAUAA